GUUGUAUAAAUUGGUAGCCAACUUGAACUUGGGCUUUUUAAUAAAAAAUCAACAAUCAGUGGCAUUCUCCCAAUGGCGAAAGUUGACAGCUGGUAGUCAAAACCGAGCGUGCGGAACCAACAAAAACAACAGCUGAGCUAACACACAGAACAUUCUUCAGUUCGCCUUGCCCAUGAGUUUCCGUGUUAGCAUCAGUUCCAGCAGUGGAUCGCAGGCAGCGUAGCCAGCCACGUAUCCAUCCGUAGUGAAGGAAAAAACAUAAUCUUCUAGCAGAAUGCGUCGGCCGAAUAUCAAAUGGAUUAUCAAGUCGUCGUUUUUGGCGUUGCUCUCGCUGAUGCUCUUCCUGCUCAUCACGAGCUGGAUUUCGUCUACGCCGUACACGAAUAAGCCGAUACAUCAUGGCAUCCAACCGGAGCCCUUGAAGCCAGGAGCAAGGGUCGCCGAGGAACGUCUGGAAGCAGCGAGAGAUGUCCAAUUGCCUGAGCCAAAUCAUAAAAAGAAAAUCAUUGAGCCGAAGGACGAAUUAGUGGCGGAGCUUGAAAAGGGGGACGAUGCAGAGGAUGAGGCAGACCAGUCCAAUCUCGAGGAAGUCGAUGCAAAGCACAAAGCAAAAGAAAACGGCGACCUUCAGGUGGCAGCACCCGACGACAAUCUGAUCAAGAGAGACUGGCAUGAUUACACGGCAAUAGAGCGUGACAGAAAGCGCGUUGGCAUCGGCGAGCAGGGCGUGGCGGCGAAGCUGGAAGACGAGAGUCAGCGGGAAUAUGAGAGGACCCUCUCGCUCGAGAACGGCUUCAACGCGCUGCUCUCCGACUCCAUAUCUGUGAAUCGCUCCGUUCCUGACAUACGGCAUAAGGACUGCCGCAAGAAGUUGUAUCUCAGCAAGCUUCCUACGGUGUCCGUAAUCAUCAUCUUUUACAAUGAAUAUAUGUCUGUGCUCAUGCGGUCCGUGCACAGUCUAAUCAACCGAUCGCCACCGGAGCUGCUCAAGGAGAUCAUCCUCGUGGACGACUUCAGCGACCGUGACUAUCUCUUCAAGCCGCUGGAGGAUUACAUUGCCCAGCAUUUUACCAAAGUGCGCAUCGUGCGGCUGCCACGACGGACGGGCUUGAUCGGUGCGCGCUCUGCGGGUGCCCGGAACGCCACUGCCGAAGUGCUCAUAUUCCUGGACUCGCACGUCGAGGCCAACUACAAUUGGCUUCCACCAUUGCUGGAGCCAAUUGCUCAAAACAAGCGCACCGCCGUCUGCCCCUUCAUUGACGUGAUUGACCACAGUAAUUUUAACUACCGAGCCCAAGAUGAAGGCGCGCGUGGCGCCUUCGACUGGGACUUUUUCUACAAACGUCUGCCGCUGCUCCCCGAGGAUCUGAAACAUCCAGCGGAGCCGUUCAAGAGUCCUGUCAUGGCGGGCGGCCUCUUUGCCAUUUCCGCCGAGUUCUUCUGGGAGCUGGGGGGCUACGAUGAGGGACUGGACAUUUGGGGCGGUGAGCAGUACGAGCUGAGCUUCAAAAUCUGGAUGUGUGGUGGGCAGAUGUACGAUGCGCCCUGCUCCCGAAUAGGCCACAUAUAUCGCGGCCCACGCAAUCACGUGUCGAAUCCACGCGGAGGCGACUAUUUGCACAAAAACUACAAGCGCGUGGCCGAGGUCUGGAUGGACGAAUACAAGCAGUACUUGUACAACGGCGCAGAUGGCAUCUACGAGCGUAUAGACGCAGGUGAUCUAACGGCACAAAAGGCCAUACGGACGAAGCUCAAGUGCAAAUCGUUCAAGUGGUUCAUGGAGAAUGUGGCCUUUGACUUGAUAAAGAACUAUCCGCCCAUCGACCCGCCCGACUACGCCAGUGGCGCCAUCCAGAAUGUGGGCGACCCCACGUUGUGCGUGGAUACGCUUAGCAAGCCACGCCACAAUCGGGUAGGCAUAUACUCGUGCGCCCGAAAUCUGGUGAAGCCACAGCGCACGCAGUACUGGUCGCUCAGCUGGAAGCGGGACUUGCGGCUGCACCGCAAGAAGGACUGCCUCGACGUCCAGAUAUGGGAUGCCAACGCGCCCGUUUGGCUGUGGGACUGCCACGGGCAGCAAGGCAAUCAGUACUGGUACUACGACUACCGCACCAAGCUGAUCAAGCACGGCAAAGAGGGCAAGCGGUGCAUGGAGCUCCUGCCGGACACAGAGGAGCUAGUAGUCAACGCUUGCAAUGAGAAGAACCGCUUAAUGCAGUGGAACUUCGGGUUCGUCAACAAAACCGCACUGGACAACUACGACGUAGACUUAGAGCUGAAGCUCGACAUGUUUUAAGACGCGCUCGAGCCACUUGCCAUGUACUUAAUAAUGAAAUUGUAAAGUCUAAUUUUGAUUGUGGUGUAGUUGUGUGUACAUAAGUAUUCGCAUAGGCCUAUCUAUAUACAUAUUCUAGAUCGUAAGCAGGAUUGCCCCAAGUUGUCUUCGCACAUUCC